AGCAAGCGUGGGUUAGUAGUGAAAACGGAGAAACUGAUGUGAGAGGGCGGAGAUUUCCAAGAGCCUCCUCUCCAACUGUGCUCAACCAAACCCAACCUCCUUCCUCUCCUUUCCUUCUUUUAUUUCAAAUCCCUCUCAUCGAUUUAGCCUCCCAAAUCCUCUCUAUAAAUCCACGUCUCCAUCCGUCUCCUCCAUUUCUGGUCCACCUCUCUCUCUCUCUCCUCUGCAUUUCCAAAUGGAGUCCUCUGCUGUUCUCCGAUCCCUCAACUGUUCUGUAGGCACAGUUUCGCAGAUCCGCUCAUUCAUUGACAAGCCUGGUGUGCUUCCGGUGUAUAAUGCUAGAAGGCCUACCUAUAGUAGAUCGUAUUUCCAAGGAAUGAUGGUUAGUGAGAAGUUCAUCUAUUCCCCACAAAAGCGGAAGGGAGUCCUAAUAUCAUGUGUGAAGACAACAGAAGCUGCCAAAACUGAGAAUUCCAGUGUUUUGUUGGAUACUAAGUCAGAAAGCACAUCAGAGGGCUCUCCUCAAAGCACUGUGUUUCCUAGUGGAUAUGAGGCACUGAUGCUAGAAGUCUGUGACGAGACAGAGAUUGCUGAACUGAAACUUAAGAUUGGAGACUUUCAAAUGCAUAUAAAGCGUAACAUUGGAGCCACCAGUGCUCCCGUGUCUAACAUCUCACCAACGGUAGCGCCACCUAUUCCAUCUCCACCGAUGGCUGCAUCAGCUCCUGCUCCCCCUCCAGCGGCACCAAAAUCUUCUCCUGCCAAAGCCACUCCAUUUAAUAACGGUUCUGUAGCUAAGUCAUCAAAAUUAGCAGCAUUGGAGGCUUCUGGAUCUAAUGGAUAUGUUCUGGUUACUUCUCCAACGGUUGGUUCAUUCCGAAGGGGCAGAACGGUGAAAGGAAAGAAGCAACCUCCUAUCUUUAACGAGGGUGAUCUUAUCAAAGAAGGACAAGUAAUUGGAUAUGUGGAUCAGUUUGGCACUGAACUUCCUGUUAAGACCGAUGUGGGUGGAGAAGUUUUGAAGCUCCUAUUCAAUGACGGAGAUGCUGUUGGUUACGGAGACGCACUUAUUGCCGUCUUGCCGUCAUUCCGCGGUAUUGGUGUCCUGUGAGCUAUAUCAACCUUCCCAGUAAUUGUUGUUGAGGACCAGCGAGGCUUGCAGUUUUCAAGAAUCAUUCUUUCCAUCUUUGUCUAUUUACCUUAUGGCAGUUAGGGGGGACAGGCUAUUUUGCGAUACGCACCUGAUCAUUCUGGUCAGGAAAAUUGACUGUAGGUCAAUCAAGGAAUAAUUUGAGCUUUUAUGAAGGCCGUGUUGGACAUUGUACUUGUUAUUAGUGAUACAUUGUAGAUGUGUUGCAUAUGCAUGGAAGCAGUUGUACUAUCUGUAACAACUUUUUGGUCAUCCCUAUUACAUGUUCUAAGAAAAAAGAAUUCUUCCUAGAUCGACAAUUCCUCG